CGUCACCAUUAUUUUUUUAGCAGUUUUAUCUUAAAACAUUAUGCUUGGUAAUACUUGCUUGCUUGUUUGUGGAAUUCUUUUCUACGUCGUUCUAAAAAGUUGUGAGUGGAGAAUGUAAGAGGGCACAAAGGGAUGACGGGUACCUCUGGUAGCGGAAACCGGGGGUAAGGGGGUGUUAUCGUCUUCAGAGAGACGCGACUUUACCGGCAACAUGCCUCGCAAACAACGCAGACGAAGCGAUAAGUCACCUCUUAUCAUCAAUCAAAACGACACGUUAUCAUCAGGGAACGAUGCUCCUGUCUCUAUCAGCUCAUCUACCGGACUUUUCAAGAUCUAUAAACGCCGAUGGUAUAUUCUAGGUGUGUUUACUGCACUAGCAACAGUCAGUAACAUGCAGUGGAACUCGUGGGGUCCUAUAUCUCAGCCAUGUCAGAUAGCAUUCGGAUGGGCGGACUGGCAAAUUUUGCUUUUGUCUUCUUGGAUUGCAGUGUCGAUGAUCGUAGGAGCACUACCUCUUACAUGGCUGAUGGAUACGAAAGGUUUGCGCUGUGCUGUGGUGCUUUGUGCUUUCCUGAUGACAAUUGGUAAGGCCAUGCAAGUAAUUCCUGCAAGUGGCGCAACACGCUUGAUUCUUAUGAACACUGGCCAGUUCAUUCUCAUGCUAGGAUCACCUGUGUCUCUUGGCGCACCUCCCUCAAUCUCAGCAACAUGGUUUCCUCCCAGUGAGCGCAACACAGCAACUGCUAUAGCAACCCUAGCUGCCUAUCUGGGUAUUGCAUUGUCAUUUGCCAUUGCCCCUGUUAUGGCUCCUAUGGUUGGACCAUCAGGUAACUCAACUAUGAGUAGAGCAAAUGGUACCACUUUUAUGAAUGUUACCUACACUGACAAUGAUAAGGAAGAAAUGAGAUCUGGAAUAAGGAACUUCAUGUUGUUGGAACUUGUUGUCAGUGGUAUCCUGUUUCUGAUGAUUUUAGUAUAUUUUCCAAGUAGACCACCAAUCCCUCCAAGUCUACGAUCUGUAAAGGAGACUCCCAAGUAUAAGGAUGGGCUAGGGAGACUGUUAAGAAAUGGCUCCUAUUGGCUGUUAGCUGUGGUGUUUGCUAUAAGCUUUGGGGUCUAUUUUGGUUGGCUGGCAGUGUUUGCUUUAGCUGUGAAGCCCUUUGGUAUUGGUGAGACAAAAGCUGGCUGGUUGGGAUGUGCAGGGACCAUGGCAGGCAUUACCUCUGGAAUCAUUCUUGCAAGGUGUGCCGACUAUGUGCAGCAUUAUACCAAGAAUAUCCUGAUGGUGCUAUUCCUGGGUACAUCUUUAGCUCAGCUCUUCUUCAGUAUGACCUGCUCGGAACUUAUCCCAUACUCAGAAAUAGUCCUCUUUGCAUCCAUUAUUGUUGGGGGACUCUUCUUCAAUGGAACCACACCCCUUAUGUUUGAGCUAGCCAUGGAGUGUGUGUAUCCGGUGGCAGAGGGAAUCACCGCGGUGUUGUUACUAGUGGCAGGAAAUGUUAUUUAUUUAGCUUUUCAAGUUGCUUUCAUGUUUCCUGGUGUCAGUGUCAAAUGGAUGAACUGGUUUACGGUCGUUGCAACUGGUAUUUGUGUGCCAGCUUUGUUAUUUUACAAGGGGAAGAUGUCCUAUUUCAAGUUAGGAUUAGAUGAAGAUAAAAGAGAAGAAACUGCUAAGAGACUAAACACAGUUUAAAAUUAAAAAAGGCAAAUAUUUUCAAUCAAUUCAAUUAAAUUUGACAAAUUUUUAAAGUCCAUAUAACCUUUCAGAGUUGAUAGAUUUGGUCGAUUCUUUAUAUUUUCAUCUUCCAAAUAGUAUGUAGUUCGUAUGGACCCUAUAAAAUGCACUAAUAACUCAAAUCUGUAACAUUGAGGUAUUUUGGUCAACCUUCAGAAAAAAGGCUGUGAACUGAAAGGCCCUGGUAUAGUCAUUUGUGAUGUAGAUCGAGAUGUCAACCAAAUUGCAAGAGAAAAUAUAUGCGCGCGCUAAACCGG